CGCUCUAGAGGUCUUCCCCCCUCCGCUCUCUCCAGGCUUCCCCGGCCUGUCUGUGCCCUGGCUUCAGCUGCUGCCUCCGCCUCCGCUGCCGCCGCUUCCGAGAGGCUGGAAAAAUGAGCUGAGCCUUAGUCGCCGACGUUUCCAGCGCUGACUACAGUGUGUGGUGUGCUUCCCGAAGGGUACUUUGCCUUAAAAAAGAAAGAUGCAGUCUUCACAUGAUAAAAAGUUAGAAAAACUGGACCCAUUUUAUAGACGUUCAUUAUCCAAGCAGAAGACCAGUGCAGAGAUCAUCAAUGAAGCACGAAAUGCAUUAAGGACAGUUAGAACUCAAAGACCAUUUACACCACGUGAAGAUCAAAGAAAACUUUUUGGACCUGCAUCUUCAAGAACAGCCGAUAAUAGACCUCCUUCUUCUUUUAGCCUUCAUGCUUCCAGCUUUGAAUCAUCUGAUUCAAGACCAAUUUCUGGUACUCGUCUCAGUCCACUAGAGCUUAAACCUAAAGUUCUUGCAUCUCUAUCUAAAGAAGAUGAAGCUUCUAUUUCCUUUCCUAAACCUCCAGUGGACCCCGUGAAGAUUAGAAGAGUAAGCAGUGCCCGUGCACGUUUAUUCAAGGCAUCCUCUCAGGGAAAUCUCCUUCCAGACAAACUAUUUCAUCUUGAUGAGUCAAAGAAGAGACUGAAAUCUGAAAACACCAUUAUCACCGGGGAUUCUUCAUUUAAAAUAAAUGGAAUUUGUCUGACAGAAUUAAAUUCCAUUGGUCAUUUUAACACCCAUAACCCUCAAUUAACACAUGAUGGAGACCUAAAUGAAACCAAUGAACAGGCUAUUUUGAAAGGGAAAGCACCAUCAACAGCAGCCCAUCUCAGAAGUGGAGGUGACCCUACAAAAAGACGUGCCAGGGCUUCAUCAUGUCCGGUCAGUACUAACAAGAAUACAUUGGAAUCAAACAAAGUUUCAGAGGUUCAGAGGAGCUUGGAAGAAAUUGAGACAGAAACAGAAACGGAAGAGGAAGAAGCCUUUUGGAGUACAAGAAUCUUCCAGAUCUUACAUGAAUUAGAGAAGGAAGACAAUAUUGAAAAUUUUUGUGCCGCCUGCACCCAGCUUCAUCAAGCUUUAGAGGAAGGAAGCAUGCUUGGAAAGAGAUUUAAGAAAAGGAGUGUACUUCUGAAGACCUUAUAUAAACUAGUUGACGUUGGUUCAGACCUUACUGCCCUAAAACUUGCGAAAAUUAUUCUAGCUCUUAAAGUAAGUGGAAAGAAUCUUCUCAAUGUCUGCAAACUCAUAUUUAAAAUUAGCAGGAGUGAGAAGAAUGAUUCUCUCAUCCAAAACGAUAGUAUUCUUGAUUCGUUGUUGGAGGUGCUGCGAGUGGAAGACCUUCAAACUAAUAAUGAGGCCUUUUUGUACUGCAUGGGAGCUAUUAAAUUCAUUUCUGGGAAUCCAAGAUUUCUUAAUGAAAUGAUCAACAAAGGUGCUGUUGAAAUACUGUUACAUUUGAUGAAACAGAUAAAUGAGAACAUGAGGAAAACUGGGACAUGUUCCUCCAACUCAGGACACUUGUUAGUGCAGAUGACUGCUACCAUGAGAAAUUUGGUUGAUUUACCACUGGCAAGGUGUAAAUUGUUGAACAACAGUGCCCUCCCAGAGCUCUGUGGGGUGAUGGAACAGUAUGCAAAUGAUAAGGAUGUCUGCACCAAUGUUGCUAGAAUAUUAAGCAAACUUUCUUCCUAUCACGACUGCUGUGCAGCCUUGGCUGACUAUUCCAGAUGUUAUUCCUUAUUUUUGAGCCUGAUAAACCAAUAUGAGAAGAAGCAGGAUUUAGUUGUUCGUAUUGUUUUCAUUCUUGGCAACCUAACUGCAAAAAAUAAUCAAGCCCGUGAACAGUUUUCUAAGGAGAAAGGCUGCAUCAAAACCCUAUUAUCACUAUUCAAUACUUACUAUGAAAUGGAUUUGAAUUCUAUGAAAAGGAUGGACGAAGGAGAAGAACAGAACAAGAAACACAAACAGCCCUCGGAGGUGGAAGAUGUCCUCAUAAAGGUGAUCCGAGUCCUGGCCAACAUAUCCAUUCAUCCCAGCAUAGGAGCGGCUUUGGCUGCGAACCAGCAAGUAGUGGCGUUACUGGUCACGACACUGGAAUAUAAAUCGAUUGAUGAAUGUGAGGAACUGGUCAUUAAUGCUACAGCAACAAUCAACAAUUUGUCUUUCUACCAAGUGAAGAAUUCCAUUAUUCAGGACCGAAAGCUGCGCAUCGCCGAAUUGCUCUUAAAGCUUCUAAUGAGCAGCAACAUGGAUGGAAUCCUGGAGGCUGUGCGAGUCUUUGGCAAUCUUUCCCAAUAUGAUGAGAUUUGUGACUUCAUUGUACAGAAAAAUGUCUACAAAUUUAUGAUUGCAUUGCUGGAUGCUAAGCACCAAGAUGUUUGCUUUUCUGCCUGUGGAGUUCUCCUAAACCUCACUGUCGACAAAGACAAGCGUGUAAUCCUAAAAGAAGGGGGUGGAAUUAAAAAGUUAGUGGAUUGUUUAAGAGACUUUGGACCUACGGAUUGGCAGCUGGCCUGCUUGGUUUGUAAAACAUUAUGGAAUUAUAGUGAAAAUGUCCCGAAUCCUUCGUCAUGUUUUGGAGAUGAGGACACCAGUGCACUCUUAGUCUUAUUGUCAUCAUUUUUAGAUGAAGAACUAGCAUUGGAUUAUAGUUUUGACAGAGACUUAAGAGACUAUCACAAACUUUAUUGGGAAACAGAAUUCAAACCUGUGGCACAGCAACUUCUUAAACGUAUUCAGAGCCAUCACACCUUCCUUGAACCUCUACCUAUUCCUUCUUUUUAAUAUGGUAAAAGUCUGGUAGGUGAUUAACAAUAUAAAGAUGAAUUCAAGUCGGGUCUUUUCAUAAAAAGUAAUAAAUUCAAAGACUUUUUCAUUAAUAAAUAUUGAACAAUUCAUUUAUCAUCAGGUACUGAUUUGUAGAGAGUAGAUGUAAAUGCAAUGAGCAGUUCCCACUGUAAUUGAUAUAUUAUGAAAAAUGAAUGUAAGCUGUCAUAAACUUUCUACUCUAAGAAAUUUAAGAUAAAAUGCUUUCAUUAUUUUUCUAAUGAAAUGAUUCUUCUGUUAAAAGACUUAAUAGUUCCAGUCUCUCAAAAUUCUUCUAAAUCUAAAUUCUUGACAGUUUGAUUUGUUCAUUACUAAAUGAGGUGGGCAUUGUAGACUAAAUCCUUUAAAUCUGGAUGUAGUACUAAAAUGGCAAUACAUUUUUAAACAAACACGUCAGCUAAUUUACACUUUAUCUGCAAGGAAUCCAUUUUCUGAUACAGUGGCUUGGGGGGGGGGGGGAGGCGUGCAAAAUCAUGUUAGGGUUAAAGCAAGGUCCAUAAGGAAAAAGGCUUUAAGUUUUGCUAUUGCUCCAUCCAAAUCAUUAAAUAUCCAUAAUGGGGCUGGGUGAACAAAGCCAACUGCCUUUCCUUUUGGUCACUUUGUUUACUCCCAUGCUGCUUUAUGUGGGGUGGGUUUGCUCUUUUGCUAAAUGCUAAAAACAGAAGAACCAAGACUAAUGUCUUUCCCUGUCUUUGUAAUACUAGUCAGGGGCAGCUAGGUGGUGCAGUGGAUAGUGCACCAGCCCUGGAGUCAGGAGGGCCUGAGUUCAAAUCCGGCCUCAGACACUUGACACUUACUAGCUGUGUGACCGUGGGCAAGUCACUUAACCCCAAUUGCCUCACAAAAACAAAAACAAAAAAAAAGUAACUGAGGGAAAAGAAAGUAACUAUCAUACUAGUCAACGAAAAGGUCCUAGAAAGAGGAAAAGCCACUUUAUCAAACUGCUUUGAAAAUGAAGCUUGAUUCUAGCUUUUAUUGGUCAUUCUGUCCACAACUCUGUUUUUAACAAAUCACCAGAGUAGUGGCCUGGUUAACAAACUCCAGUUUGUAUGGGGCCAUCUUCUCUCAGACUAAACUGGAACAUGAGACCUGUUAGAAGGAACCCAAGUCCUAGAGUUCCUCUAGAUAGGGUAAGAUACCAGACUUGGAUCCCAGGGACUGAAUGGGCUUUUGUGGAAUGUGGAGAAGAGACCAUGAAGAGUUCUGGAAGUGUAUUGGUCUUAUUAUGUGGAACUUCAAGUAAUGGAAGAAUAUUUAGUCAGUGCCUAACCUAUGGAGGCAGCCAUGGCUCUACCAAUAAUCUGGAUGAUGUUGGACAUGUUUCUGGGUCUUAGCUUCCCUAUCUAAAAAAAAAAAAAGAUGCAUGUGUAUAGUGGGGGGGGGGGGAGUUAAAAUAGAUCAUUUUAAAGAUCCCUCCAGUUCUGUGACUGACAUUUUACUCAGUGUAACUUAGAUAUCAGAUUCUGAGCCUUACCGUACUCUUAGUAGAAUUACUUGGCCAAAGUCUGAGCAGUCAGUUUGUCCCUUCCAAAACAUUCCCAAGGCCAGAAUCUUCACGUGAGGAAAUCUCCUUUAACAAAGGCGAACUAUUAAAAUGGCAUAUAAUUUUCAGACUUUUUUUUUCUAAAAUAGAUUCCAUAAUAAGAUUCUUACAUAAUCAUUUUUACUGCUAAGAAUAUCUUCCUAGGUUCAUAAAUCUCAAGGGAAAAAACAUUAAAUUCAUAUGAGUGUUGGGCUUAUGCUCGAGAAACGGGGCGGAGGGGAUGAAGUCACUUCUGCCCUCCAUUGACCCUUUCCCCUGGUGCCAUUUGUAGGCAAACUGACAAGAACUGUGAUGAUGGAGGAAGGCAUUUCUAUUUACCAGCUUGAUCUGUUUUCAGUAAUUUUCCUGUGAUGUCUAAACAACCGGAAGAAUUAAAUUCCAUUGGAAUUUUAAAAUUGGCUUAGGUGAAACCAAGGACAGGACUGUCAUUGCCAUUUAUACUGAAACGUUUAACUUAGUCACUAGCACCUGGUUUUGGCCUUAUGACAAAUGGAAAAUUAAAGAGGUUUUUUCUCAUCUCUUUUCCUGAAAAACCUUAGAAAUGCUCUUUCCAUGGUUACCUUGGAAGAAAACCUUUUUCUUCAUACAGAAUAUUCUCUAGGGUGGAAAGCCAUUAUUCCCUUUCCCAGUUUUGUCUGUUAACUAUUAGAUUAGAGUAACAUUAGAAAUCGUGUGUUUGGUUUAGGGAAAAACUAUUACUGUGUAACAGGAAGCACCUGGGACAGCUUUUUUUUUUUUUAAUUCAUAUUGCACAUACUGUUCAGGUACUGAAAACGUUUUGAUAUUAAUGGUGAGAGAGAAAUUCCAAUAAUCAGUUUUUCAAGUAAGCUGCUUAAAGCAAAGUGGAUAAAAGUUGUAGCAGUUGACCCCUCUAUUAUUCAGCCUUGUGUCCUUUUGUUGCAUAAGCUUAGGCCCAAAAAUGUUCUGUCUCUUCACUAGUUAUUUUGGGGCACGAGACAGAUAACAUAUAAACUGCUAAAACAAACUAGCUAGCUAGUUUGUCUCACCACAAAUGUUUUACUUGCAAUUACCAAGUAGCUGAUUGAAGGAAGGAUAAAUGGGUAGGACCUACUGAAAAUGAGCUUACCUGGAAAAGAGGGAUCUUUCUGCCGCUAAGUGUAAAAAGAUGAUCUUUAUACUUAAAACCCAAUUCUCUGAUAAUAAUGUACCUGUAUAUUUAUUUUUUUUACACUUUGUGCCAUCAGUGUAUUUUCCUAAUUUAAUCUAUUUACUACUUUCUCAAAUCUCUUCCUUCGCUAGUGUGUAAGCUCCAUUGAGGGCAUGGACGUCUGCCCCAGACUAUACCGCAUUUCUAUAUGGACACUCUGAACAUAAAAUAAGUUGUUUCUUGAUGGAGGGCUACAAUAUAACUGAAUUUCAACUCUGUUGCACAGAUCUGAUUGAUGUUGGCUUUAUUUUUGCUCCUAACAGUUUUAUUUUUAGCUUUUAAAAAUAUAAUGCAAGCAAGGGUUCAUUUCAGACAACCCAAGAAUAAUUCCCAAAGAAAGAAUUUUAACAUCAUCAGAAAGGUGCACACAUCUCUGAUUUCACUAGAAUGGCUACAGCUUUUUAUUCCAGGCCUGGUUUACUACUAUCAGAGAGGAAAAAUUCAUCUGCAACUGGCUGUUUAGCAGAGAUGUGCACGGUGCCACUGAAGGAGUAAUUUUGUUUACCAUAUGAAUAUUGAAAGACUCAAAACAAUGGUUUUAAGGAAAUGAAAUGUGAAAAAUAAAAGUCAGUGCCCGUUGUCUACCAAGUAGUUCUCAAACUCCUUUGCCUGACAUUCAAGGUCCUCAGUAUGGCUUCACCUCCUGAUUCCCUUCCUAUACUCUGCACUCCAGCUCAGAUGGGCUCCAAAUCCCCAUCCCUCCAUUCCUUUUGACCUACUGCAUUCCUGCUCUUCCUUUCAAGUGCACAUUCCCUUUAGACCUCUAGAGUACUUUGUUUUGCAACUCUCCGAUGCACUGAUGUCUUAUUAUGUAUGAUAAGUGGUGUGUUUGUGCCUUAUCCUAGUAUUAGACUGGAAGCUCCAAGAGAGCAGGGCCUUUGUCUUAACUCAGCUUUGUAUCUUUCCCUAGCAAAGUGCUCUGCACACAGUGGGUAUUUAAUACAUUUCUGUUAAAUGAAUGAAUAAAGUGAGAUAAAA